CAAACAUAAUCAGGUGGAGCUACAUUUCAGAAAUUAUAAUCACUUUCUUCUCUAACAGAGAGACCAUGAGUGGAAUAUAAAACAGCGAAAUGAAUCAGUGUGGUUUACUGUUAUUUUAAAAUAAAUGGCUUGACGAAACAUGCUUUGAUUAAUUAAAGCCAUCCCACAACACCAUCAACCAUGAUCUCAGAGACAGAUAUUGGUGAAUAUGAAAUCAUUAAAGGUGGUGUGCUGGGAACUGGAGCCUUCGCCACCGUGUGGAAAGGUCGUGCAAAAAAGGACCCAUCACAACUGGUAGCCAUCAAAGCAAUUAAAAAGAAGAAUUUCCUCAAGUCUCAGCAGCUGCUCAGCAAGGAGAUCACUAUACUCAAGGAGUUAUCCAGUCUUCAUCAUCGCAAUGUGGUUGGUCUAUUAGACUGUGUGGAAUUAAAAGAUGAUGUCUGUCUUGUUAUGGAGUACUGUAAUGGAGGAGAUCUGGCAGACUGUCUUCAUCGUAAUGGAACCCUCAGUGAAGACACCUUGUGUUCAUAUGUCAAACAGAUUGCUGAAGCUAUGAAAGCACUACAGCAGAAGGGAAUAGUCCACAGGGACUUGAAGCCCCAGAAUAUUUUGUUGUGCUAUGAGGGCUCAAAGUAUCCCCACCCUUCAGAGAUGCUGCUAAAAAUAGCUGACUUUGGCUUUGCCAGAUUUAUAAUUGGGGCUGAGAUGGCCACCACAUUAUGUGGUUCCCCAAUGUAUAUGGCCCCUGAGGUAAUCAUGUCAGUGAAGUACAGUGCUAAAGCAGACUUGUGGAGCAUAGGGACCAUCUUGUACCAGUGUCUGACCGGUAGAGCUCCGUUCCAGGCCCAGAACCCCCAGGAGUUGAAGAAGAAAUAUGAGAAGAGCCCAGGCCUGAAGCCUAACAUCCCAUCCAGUACCUCGCCAGAGUUGAGGGACUUACUGAUGCGAAUGCUGAAGAGAGAUGCAGAGGAAAGGAUAUCGUUUGAGGAGUUUUUCAGUCACAGUUUUUUACAACUGCCAACUCCGAAAGCCAUGUCCCCCCCUGUGUCAGUACCAAAGCGCAGGUCUAGUUCCUCUUCUGACAGCUCAACACCAGGCAAGUCACCUGGUAAAUCACCAUCGCCAUCCCGCACUAAAAGAAGUCCAUCACCGGCUCCGCAACCAAAAGUAGCCUCCGUGAGGGAGAAUAAAGAGGAGGACAUGGUGACAACACUCACUGAGGCUGCUGGCUUCACGAAGGUUGAGAAGGAAGAGGUGAAAGGCAGGUCAGGACGCUCAACACCUGAUGAUUUUGUUAUGGUACCAGAAGCAUUAUGUAUAGAGUCAGAUGGAGAAGAAAGUGUACACAUAAAGAAAGCCCCCUUGGCUGAGGAAGAAAUGGCAUCCUUCAGCUCCUCACCCCACCGAUCCCCUAAAGCCAUCCGCAUUCAGAGCAACACUGGCGCCAUCUGUAACAAAGAGAACGUGGCAACCCCUGGGAGUCCUAGCAGACCUGUCACUUUAUCCAUGGCCACGCCUCCCAGGCAGUCAGACCCCAUCACUGUGCCAUCUGAUAUGAAGGGUGUUGGUCUGUUUGCUGGUGAUGUCAACUCCAGUCUCAAGCAGAAAGUGAAAUCUCCAGAUGUGAGAAUGGAGAGCGACAGUCAGGAACUAGCUAUAGUAAGGAGAAGCUCAGAGAACAGGUUGUCAGGUGUGGACGCUGUUGAUGCUGGCUCGUUUUCUCCCCCUGCAGUUCAAUUCUGUGUUGGCACCCCACCAAACACAAAUGGACCAUCCUGGAAAAGGUCCAGUGUUGUCACCCCUCCACCUUACUCAUCAACUCUUCCAGGGUCACCACACAGAAAACCAUCCCUCAACUCCCCCCACUUCUCCCCGCUGCAGUUAUCAAACCCAUCCUUCGGCUCCCACCCCGGCUCCCUGCCUACCAUCAUGGGCUCCCCUAACAAGAUGCCCACCAUGUUUCACCUGGGCUCCCCCCAUGACAACUCCCCCGAGCCCAUUCAUGCCCCGUUUGCUGCAGCGGCGGGCUACCACCCUGGCUACCACACGUCCAGCACCGUACCUGACAACCUUGUAGCCAUGUCCAGACAGAGAGAUGCUCUAGGUGAGAUUCAGCCCAUGGAGUACCAUCGUGUCAGUACUGAUUCCAACCUGUUAGCACAGCAGUUACAUAAUCAAAACAGACCAGGCAUGAUGAUAGCUUAUGGGGGCAGCAGGGAGAGAAUCUCUUCUGUGGACAGUGACAAGGCCAGGUUUGGCUCCCUGGAAAGAGAUCGUUCCCCCUCGUUUGGUCGGAGGAACAGCGCCAUUGAAAUGUCACCCCCGCACCACAUUUUAAUGUCGGCGUCCCCUCCAAAUGCAGGGUCAAAUGCCCCUCCCCUGAGAUUUGUUCCCCAGCCGUUGUCAGAAGAAACUUUAAUGGAUGACAACCACAAUGAGACUCUUGGCAAGUUGUCAUUUGUCCUAGACCUGGUUGAAUGUAUUCUGGACCUGGCCAGAAGUUUGGGCAGUGCAUUCCGCAGUAUUGAUCCCGGUGAAACUAAAAAGGUGGAGCAGCUGUCACCAGAGUACUACAGCCAGUACAGGUCCUCCCAGAGGAGCCUGGAGCAGCUGGUGCUGUAUGCUCGCUCCUGUCAUCUGCUCAACUCAGCACUACACAUGGCCAGGGAUGAGAUCAGGAACGACAGAUUACAACAGUCCACCAGUCUCAGAAAUGUGUUGAGUGAGAUGAACACCUACUACCAUCAUGUGGUUGACAAAUGUAAGACCAUUCACAAGGAGUUCACACAGAACUGCAAGACCCCACUCACUCAGAAACUUGUGAUGGCCACAGCAGAUAAACUUAUAUACAAUCAAGCAAUACAUAUGUGUCAGACAGCAGCUCUAGAUGAGUGCUCCAAGAACCCAUCAGCAGAGAACACAUCCGAGGUUGUACGGCGCUACCAGGUGGCUCAGAUUCUGCUGCACAGUCUGGCCCAGACAGCCCGUAAUGAGAACGACAAGCACAUGUUAAUCAAAUACAGAAAAUCAGUGGAGAGCAGGUUAUCAAUCCUUACCUCAGAUGGAGUACACUUUGACAGACACCACCAGAACCUGCAUGUUGACAACCAGAGGUACCAGCUGCAGUUGUAGCAUCUACGCAGAUCCACCGUGGCUGGCGUUUUGUGUAACAACAGCGCCACAUGACAUCUGGGUGUCAUUUUGGUUUAAUAGCUCCAAAUGACAGCUGGAUGUCAUUUUGUUUCAACAGCUCCUACUGACAGAUGCAUGUCAUUUUGUUUCAACAGCUGGUUGUUAUUCACUGUAUUAACAGCUGGAAAUCUCAUCUGUCAUUCAGUUUUUAAGCUGUUCCAAAUGACAGCUAACUGUCAUUUAGUGUUACACAGCUCCAGAAGACUGCUGGCUAGGAAUUUAUUCAGUAUUCUACUUCACCUAGUUGUGUAGCAAAACCUUGCUGAAGAACAGCUACCAGCCAUCCAUUAAAGAAUCUAUUCUACAGGAGGCGUGUCCUAAGGAAGCACUAUUCAUACAAUGGUUGUGUAUAUAAUUAAAGAUGAUCUGCAAACUUCUAAAGAAUAAUGCCUGAGAGCAAAAAUAAAAUGGAUAUUUAAUUUGUACAGCUGAGUUGUAAAAUAUUAAAGCAGUUCUCUACAAACUAAAUAGUUGUAUGUUUUAUUAGUUGGUUAUAAUUUGUACAGACACCUUUUGUGAGAAUAGAUGACAACUGGCCUUGCAGACAUUUGUUGUGAGAAUAGAAAUGUCUUGGCCAAUCAGGAUGCUGUUUGUUGGAUUCAUUUACUGGAGGCUUUAACCAUGAACAGAUUUAGCAUUUAAGUGAAUCAUCAAGCUAAAGUUUGUGUAGCGUUACAUUGUAUAAUAGGAGACACUUGUUCAGUAACAUCCCUGUAUAGGUGGGGGUUCAACAAUCUUUUACUCAAUAACUUGUUUUAUAAACUCGUAAAUAAGUAAUUUCAAUGCAAUAAUUUUUCAAAACAUUUUCCUUAGAUAAAGUUUGUAAUUAGUAACAAGUAGUUACAAAUUUGAAUAAAAAAACAUGUCAUGCUAAAUACGAAAUUAAAUGUGCACAUUUUAAAACCACCAAAUCAAUGCCAUUCUUCAACUGUCGAUUACAUGUAUUCAUUGAUCAACAUUUCAGGGCUUGAAGAAAUUAGUUCAUGAUUCCCUGGCAGACCUGACUAACCGUAAUGGGCCUGAAUCUCAUUUUUUCAUCCUCUUCCCUUCGUACAACUCCAAUGCAAAUCAAAAUAUCAUUUCUUAUUUGUAUCACAACUGUACUGUUUUUUUUUUUAUUUGUGUGAAUGUGAAUUAUCCUUCAAUACAUGAAGGGAGCUGUGAAUGUUUUUCUUUUGUAAACGUAUGUCAUGCAUUACAUUACUUUUCUGAUUUUGACUAAUUUUUAAAAAGGUUAGUCAAAAAGUUUUUUUUUUCUCUCCUUAAUUAUAUGAAAUGCUACAAUUUGGCAGCUAGCUUUUAAGUGAGUUUUUUGUUUCUUAAAUGUUUUAAUGAAAUAGUCAAACAUGUAUGGAGAAAAACAUUUUUACUGUAAUCUUACAUUUGUUCUAACUAUAAAGUCAGACUUGUAUAGAGAGAUAUUUUACUGUACUCCAUUUGUUCUGCCAUCUGAAACUAAGAGUACUAAAAAUGAUAGAAUCUUUCAUCCAACCUAAGUGUAGCAACAUUACUGCUAUGUCUGAUUAAAAGCUAUUGGUAAAAUAUACAAGUUGUAUUUUGAUAAUCACAAUUUUGAUGAGAAACAGUAGUCAUUUUUAAUAAUCACAUCUUUUUUGGUGUUGUUUCGAUGCAUGUUCUUUCAUAACUAUAACUGCAUUAUUUCCAUGUCAUUAGUACAUUUGAAGUAGAAAGUUUGCAACAAUCUACUUAGUAAUUAUUGAAUAAUUGUUUUACUGUUUUGCUUUUGGCCAAUAGCAACUAUUUUUCCUAGAUAAGUUUC